ACCGCCUUCCUUCCUCGGGAGCUUUUUAGAUGUGCAUAAUCCCCGAGUUGACCCAGAAAAUCGUCAGUCGCUCGCUUGAAGAUCAGAUGCUGCAGUCUUUGUGUGCACCUCACCGGGCAAUGACGUGCGGCCCCGCGGACUUCUCGCACUGAGCGAAACCCCCUUCUACCUCCCUCCCUUUCCUUCCUCAACGCAACGGAUCACCGAACCUGGACCGAACCUUGAGCGGAGUAACUUUUUAGUUGGUUUUUUUUCGGGCGGGGGGGCGGAGCUGAAGACGGAGGCAUGGCCGAGCACCUCAUGAUGCCCAUGAAUCACGGUUCGGCCGGCACCGGUCUUCACGCGUACCGGAUGGGCAUGAACGGCCUGCAGGCGGGCCACCCGCAGCACGGCCAGCAGACGGCAGCGGCCAUGCGGGCCAUGCCCGGUGGCCAGAUGAUGCACUACGCCAGCGCCCAGGCCGGCAUGGACAUGCGCCAACGGCAGGGCAUGGUGGCCCCCGGCGGGCCAAUGAGCGGAGCCCAAAUGGGGCACCACCACCAGAUGAUGUACAACGGGCAGCAGCAGCACCACAUGCACCAGGCCCAACAGCAGCAGCAGGUCCAACACCAACAGCAGCAGCAGCACACGGCCCAGCAGAACCAGUUCAUGAACGGAGGCCUGACGUCGCAACAGCUCAUGGCCAGCAUGCAGCUCCAAAAACUCAACACGCAGUAUCACGGACACCCGCUUGGGCCCAUGGGCGGCGGCGGCCACAUGGGCGGCCCACCCAACCAGUACCGCAUGAACCCGGCCCAGCUGGCCAACAUGCAGCACAUGGCGGGCCCGGCGCUGGCGCUAAACGGCAUGGACGCGGACAUGAUCGACGAGGAGGCGCUCACCUCGCUGGUGAUGGAGCUCGGCCUGGACCGGGUCCAGGAGCUGCCGGAACUCUUCCUGGGCCAGAACGAGUUUGACUUCAUCUCGGACUUUGUCAGCAAACAGCAGCCCAGCACAGUUAGCUGCUGAGACCGCCGCUGCCUCGCCGCCCCGCUUCCAACCAACGGGCCAGGCCGCACUGCCCGGCCCAAUGGGACAAACGCACGGAUGGUCUGUUCAUCCCGUUUUGUUUUUUUUAGGCCCACCGAGCCGAGGAGCCGCGGCGCCGGGUGCGCGGAAGGAGAACUCUGCCAGCCGUCGUGGUCUACAGGGUGGCGGGGGAGGUUGUUUGACCUCCCCCGCUUCCUGGACCUGAAUGUAAAAAAACAAAAGAAAGCCACUGAACAAUGUCGCCGCGUUUCCUCCGAGCUGUAUUUAUUUCUAAUCGGAUGUGGAGAAGCUCCACCUGCCGGGGGACUGCGUGAUUGGUCGCCAUUUGACUUUGGUUUUUCAGUUCUUUUGCCCUCCUCAUCCUCCAGCUUGCUCUUCAAAUAAAAUCAGAAGGUCCAGAAAGGAGCCUCAAUCGUACGAGGCGUGGUCCACUUUUUGAAAAGUUUGAAUUUUCAUUUUGUUCUCCAAAAUCAACUGCUUGUACUGUUUGAAGCUGUAUAACUCCGACAUGUCCUCACUGUUUUGUGUUCUCAUGGAGACGUAGAAGCGCCUUAAUCACGCCAAUUCUUAUUUAUUAUUAGAGGUUGUUACUAGUCGCUUCUUUUGUUUGUUUUCGGGUGGAAGAGAUUUGGAAAGGAGAGAGGGGCGGGCGGUUUUGUGUAAGGUUUUGAGGAUCAAUAAAGAUGGCCUGGAUAGAAGUGUG